CCCCGCUCCUCCUCGUUUCGGGUCCCACCAGCGUCAAGCCGCCUCCUCGUCUCUCGUUCUACUCUGCCCCUCAAGAGCAACGUCGACUCCGCGCUUCUCGCCGCCUCCAACCUGCACCUUGCCGCGACCAUGAGCGGCCUCUCGACGCGCCAACGCUUUGCGAGAUGGAUCGGCCACGACCCGGUCAUCAGCCAGGCCGCUUCGACCAAAGACUUCCUCCGCCAGGGCUCGUCCGACCUCCCCGCCAAGUCCAAGGCCUACGUCCUGUCGCUCUUCCCCUUCCACCGGUGGAUCCUCAACUACAACGUCACCUGGCUCAUCGGCGACCUCAUCGCUGGCCUCACAGUCGGCAUGGUCGUCGUCCCUCAGUCGAUGUCGUACGCCAAGAUCGCGACGCUUUCGCCCGAGUUCGGCCUGUACUCGUCGUUCGUCGGCGUCAUGGUCUAUGCCCUGUUCGCUACGUCCAAGGACGUCACGAUCGGGCCUGUCGCCGUCAUGUCGCUCGAGGUGUCCAAGGUCAUCAAGCACGUCCAGGAGCAGCCCGGCGGCGCCGACAUUCCCGGCAACGUCAUCGCGACCGCCCUCGCCCUCAUCUGCGGCGCCAUCGUCCUCGUCAUCGGUCUCUUGCGGCUCGGGUGGAUCGUCGAGUUCAUCUCGGCACCCGCCAUCGCCGGCUUCAUGACGGGCUCGGCCAUCUCGAUCUGCGCCGGCCAGGUCCCGGGCCUGCUCGGGUUCAGCAAGAAGUUCGACACUCGCGCGGCAACGUACGAGGUCAUCAUCAACACGUUCAAGCACUUGCCCGACGCGACGCAGGACGCCGCGUUCGGCGUCGUCUCGCUCGCGUUCCUGUACGCGACGCGCUUCUUCCUCAACCGGGUCGAGCGUCGCGCCAAGAACCCGGUCGUCCGCCGCGUCGCCUUCUUCGCCAACACGUUCCGCACCGGCUUCACCAUCAUCUUUACGACGCUCGCGUCGUACCUGUACCUGCGCAACAUGGACCCGAGCAAGAAGUACCCGAUCUCGGUCCUCGGCAAGGUCCCGAGCGGCUUCCAGCACAUGGGCGUCCCUGUCAUCAACGCCGACAUCAUCUCGAAGAUGGCGCCGCUCAUCCCGGUGUCGACCAUCCUCGUCUUCCUCGAGCACAUCGCCAUCUCCAAGUCGUUCGGGCGCGUCAACAACUACAAGAUCGACCCGAACCAGGAGCUCGUCGCCAUCGGCGUCAACAACCUCGUCAGCGUCUUCUUCGGCGCCUACCCCAGCACCGGCAGUUUUAGCAGGUCGGCGAUCAAGAGCAGAGCCGGCGUGCGCACCCCGCUCGCCGGCUGGUGGACCGGCGGCUGCGUCGUCAUCGCCCUUUACAGCCUCGCGGGCGCGUUCAAGUGGAUCAGCAACGCCGCCCUGAGCGCCGUCAUCAUCGAGGCGGUCGGGACCCUGAUCGCUCACCCUCGCCAGACGUACGCCUACUGGCUCGUGUCGCCGCUCGAGGCCGUCAUCUUCUUCGUCGCCGUCGUCCUCACCGUCUUCACCUCGAUCGAGGUCGGCAUCUACUUCUCGAUCGCGGCCUCGGCCGCCCUCCUCCUCGUCCGCAUGGCCAUGCCUCGCGGCAAGCUCCUCGGUCGUGUGCGCGUGCGCCAGGAGCGCCCUGCCGGCAACGUCGACGUGCGCGAGGUCUGGGUCCCGCUCACGGCGCCCGAGGUCGAGAACCCGCAAGUGCACGUCGAGCCGGCGCCGCCGGGCGUCAUCGUGUUCCGCAUGGAGGAGUCGUUCCUGUACAUCAACGCGGCGCACUACACGGACCAGCUCGUCGCCUACGCCCACCAGCACACGCGCAACGGCCAGGACUACUCGCUCACGCCGCAAGGCGACCGGCCUUGGAACGACCCGGGCCCGUCGAGGUUCCAGAAGCGCAAGGCGCACGUCGACCUCGAGCAGCGCAAGUACGAGGAGAACGCGGCCAAGCCGCCGCUCAAGGCCGUCGUGUUCGACUUUGGCGUCGUCUCGCACGUCGACACGACCGCCAUCCAGGGCCUCGUCGACGCGCACAAGGUCCUCAAGCGUUACGCCGGGCACGAGGUCGAGUUCCACUUUGCGAGCGUGCUCUCGCCGUGGAUCAAGCGAGCUCUUCUCGCCGGCGGCUUCGGUCGCAACCUCGCAGAACCACGUCGGGUCGAGGUCGGCGACGUCGUGCCGCAGCAGGACAACGCCGAUGCCGCCUCGCAGCUCCCGCCUCGACCGGUGCUCAACCGCGCCGACACGUCGGGCGAGAUCAAGGAGGCGCCGCAGGACCUCGAGCGGGCGUCGUCCUCGCUCGAGUCGCCGAGCAUCGACAAGGCGCAGUACGCGACGAGCGAGAGCUACGCCGACUCGUUCAUCGACGCCGACCUCGUCUAUUUCCACCUCGACCUGCCGUCCGCCGUCGUCGCCGCGACCGCUGCGCCUGGAGGUGCGCAGUAGUGGGACUCUCUGUACUGUCGGAGGACGUGGGACUUGUAUCGGUGGACGUGUGUACCCUCGCUCGAGCGCUUUGUCGUACUUUGCCCUGCUCGCCCGAGGAAACGAAGUUGUCGCCUCUCU